GCCGACCGCGGUUAACCUACAACCUACGCGGUACGUUACAAUCUUGAAACAGGGAUUGCUAUCGUCUACCUUUACCUAUCACAGUUGUUUACAAUUGACAUUCAGCCGAGCCGAUCAUGUCUCAUCGCGACUUCCCAGUUCCGUGUAAUAAACCGUUUUGUUAACAAUAUGACUUAUUGGAAUAACUUUGACGUCGACGCGGCCAAAUUAAAGGAAUACUUUCAUUCGCACAAAACGGUCAAAGAAUUUCAAGCGCACUCGUCGAAAGUCCAUUCGGUCGGUUGGAGCUGCGACGGAAGACGUUUAGCGUCCUGCUCGUUUGAUAAGUCCGUGGCCACAUUCACGUUGGACAAAGACCGCUUGUUCAAAGAAAACACGUACAAAGGCCACAACGGAAGUGUCGACCAAUUAUGCUGGCACAAAUCGAAUCCCGACUUGUUGAGUACGGCAAGUGGUGAUAAAUCGGUUAAAAUUUGGGACGUCAGACAUCAAAAAUGUUCCAACACUAUUCUCACUAAAGGGGAAAACAUCAACAUUACGUGGUCGCCCGAUGGUAACACGAUUGCUGUGGGCAACAAAGAAGACUUGAUUACCUUUAUCGAUGUGCGUACGUUGCUGCCAUUCAACGAGGUGCAGUUCAAUUUUGAAGUGAACGAAAUGACGUGGAACAACAGUAGUGAUUUAUUCUUUUUGACCAAUGGUUUAGGAUACGUAUAUGUUUUAAGUUUUCCAGACUUAAAUCAACGUCACAUCGUCAAAGCUCAUCCCGGCACUUGUAUUUGUAUAGAGUUUGCGCCCAGCGGUCGUUAUUUUGCCGUAGGCUCGGCAGACGCUUCGGUUUCCCUGUGGGACCUUAAGAAUUUGGCUUGCAUUCAAACUUAUAAUAGAUUAGAUUGGCCGGUACGCGCAAUUAGUUUUUCACAUGACGGGAAAUUGUUGGCAUCUGGCAGUGAAGAUUUGUACGUCGAUAUCGCGGACGUAACGACUGGAGAAAAAAUAACCGAUAUUCCUAUUGAAGCAGCCACGUUUACCGUAGCGUGGCAUCCCAAAGAGUAUUUGUUGGCAUUUGCGUGCGAUGACAAAGAUCAGUUUGACAGGAAAAGAGACAGUGGAAAUUUGAAGCUGUUCGGUAUUAGCUCAGACUAAAUACUCUAAAUACAUUAUUAUUUAAUUUUUUUUUUUUUUUUUUUUACAUCAUUUUAUAAAGUAAUAAUAUUUUAAGUGUUAUGUAAAUGAUGUCAUUGCCUUGGCUAUUAGUUAAGCCGUUAAUCAAUUAAAACUAAACGACUGAUAUAUUAUUUUUAAUAACUAAUAAUUCAAUUUUAAAGUACUUUUAUAAGUUGGGUACAAUUUUAACUGGACUGUUUAAAUUAAUUAUAUAUAAUAUUUGCAAAAAAAAAAAUUAAGUAUAUAUUUUUUUGUAUGUUUAAAGUACAUAAUUUUUAUUUUUACGAAUUCAAGUACAAAGUUAUUAAUGUUAAAACCAGUUUAUUAUUUUAAUUAUUAUUGGCACUUAUUUAAAAUAUGAAAUUAAACUCAAUGAAUUUUUAUCCGGACAAUACCAUUUUUUUUCAAUACUAAAAUAUAUAUUUUAUAUAAAUGACUAGUUAGACAUAAGAUGACUUUUUU